UGACGCUGACGCCGCCAUGUUUUCCUGCUCUGUAACGCACGUGAAGGCGCUGCGGGAUCAGUGUUGAAGGACGACUGUUCGCAUGUCGUAUUCUAACGAUUACAACUCAGUUUUCACAAGUGCAUAUUAUUGUGCUGUGCUUUAGAAGUGUCUUGCCGUUGACUGUGUUUUGAAAGAAAAAGAUGUUUAGAAAAAGUCACAACCUAAAAUACAUAUUAACUCUUGUACCAGGGAAAAGACGUUUUGGGACGUACAGAUUUUUGCCCUUGUUUUUCUGUAUCGGGGGUGUCAUGGAGUGGAUCAUGAUUAACGUGAGAAUAGGAAAGGAAACGUUUUAUGAUGUGUACAGAAGAAAACAAUCAGAGAGGGAAUACCAGCAGAAGAUUGAGGAGGGCUUUGUGCUCACAGAGUCUGAAGUCAAAUGAAAUCAUCAGAACACACUGAAAAUAAAUAAUCAUGAUAAAGAGACUGAAACCAAAAAUGGGAAUGUUAUUAUGCAUAGACUGUAGGGCAGCUGUGACAUGGACUGUAAUUAUGAGGACAUAUGAGGUGCAGAAAGCUGCCAGCAAGGAAGAUCACAUCUUUUGUAUUGUUUAAAUGAUAAAGGUGGUUAUUUGUGCAAUAAAAAUAAUCGUGUCUUUUCUGGGA